AUGGCCAACGAUCAAGGCGUCUCUAAGAGGCCUCGCAAGAUGUCGCGUCUGCCAAAAGACUACAAAGUUGAAAAGCGCCCAUUGCUACGCCCUCCAAUCACUUCGCAAUAUGCCAAUGCCGAUGUCCCCAAAGUCGUCUAUGUCUCUAUGAAAACUCCCUUCAUGUCAGCCGUCAAGCGUGUCCAGAAGCUGCUAGCUCAAGCCGAGAAGCGCCUUGCCCAAUCAGCUGCCGAUCAAGUCUCCAACAGACCCAAAUACUCCCACGCCAACGACGAGAUCACAGACAUUGAGCGUGUAGCUGCCACCAUGGCCGCCAACAAACAUGAUCAAGAUGAGAUUGUCCUCAAGGCUACUGGUAAAGCAAUUGCGAAAGCUCUCAGUCUGGCUCUCUGGUUCCAGCAGAGAGUCGAGUACAACGUUCGCAUCGAGACAGGCACUGUUGGCGCCAUUGAUGACAUUGUCCCUCCGGAAGAUGCUCCGGAAGAUGAAGAUCAGAACAUGAAGGAUGAAGAGGAAGAUAUCCCUGAAUCCAGAAUUCGCUUUGCCAGCACCAUCCAAAUAUUUGUCUCGGCCGCCUCAUGA